AUGUUUAUACUUACGUUUAUAACAAUAGUCUUAAUUAUCUCCUGUGGACAGGCUCGUUGCAUUGCUGGUGGUCCGAACGCGAACAGUAACAAUUGUGACCCAUUUCUGUAUGUGCCCAAAGACCUGGACGGAUCACCGAAUGAUGACGUAACACGUUGGUUGUUCGUCGAAUUGCGUAGUAUACCUUCUGGACCGGAAAUCCUUGAUAGUUCCAGCGUGGGCGAGUUUUUUCUCGGAAGUUGUCAUUGUGUGACGCUUCAUUCUUGGGAUUUGUGCUCGUUUGAGCUGAUGAGACACAAAAAGGUUGACUGCAAUUUUGCCGAAGCUACAUCUCAUUCGAACACGAGUGCAAGGGUGCAUAGGCGAUUAUGCGACGUACCUUUCUUCGGCGAAAAUGUUCCUGGCUGUAAUUCUUCCAUUUUGCUGGCUGGUCAUCGAUUACAUAAAAUGACAGGAUUUCCCACAUGUAUUUUAAAUCCUUUACCUGACUCCAUUUGUUCACCACGUGGCGUUUGCGGCAUUGCACAGUGUUCUGCGACCACCAUAAUAGGACUACACACACCACAACAUGUAUCAAAUUGUCAUCAAACGCAGCCAUUCUGUGAAGAGAUUGGUCCAUGGACUCCGAUUCCAGCAGAAAUUAAUUCUUUAUGGCCGAGAUGGACAUUCCCGAAUUGUAAUAACACUUGUGGCAGGGGAAACGUGGUCGCUAUUGCUUCGUUCCACGACCAAAGCCAAGCCCGCCAUAGAAUGUAUCGGGCCGGGAUCGUUUUGGUGAGCCCAAACAUCUUUGAGGGAGUUUUCCUGAAUUCCUUGUCCAUGAUGAAAAGUGUGAACUUUUCCAGUUGCCUGGAUAGCUUCGGUAAAUGUUAUUGCGAGGUAAACACGGUCGAUGGAAUUCUGAGAGCGGCCAGGUUCACGGAACCUUGCAUUUCUACCGAAGAGUGUACCCAAACUGAUGCUGAAACAUUCACUUUGGAAGGAGAGCUUGAUCCCAGUAAUAUUGCCGACUUCGACGAGAUUUACGAGGACGUUAAUUGUGAGAGGUUCGAAGACCCGCCCAUCUUCUCGGAGUCGAUGAAACCAUCGCAGCGUCGUCUCUUACGUGUUUACAGUCCCGGCGACGAGUAUGGUUUACGUGACAACUGGAUUACCGGUGAGAACUUGAAAAAGAACAGAGGAUACCGUCCGGAUGUGCGUAGCCGAUUCGACGAUGAUUUCGAUUACAACAACGACGACGAAGACGAAGAGAACGGGAACAGCCGCGAGAGCAGUAUCGUGAACGGAGCAAAAAUCGGCCUAGGAAGCCUUGCGAAGGGUCGUUGGAGCCCCAGGAAGCGUAUCCGAGAGGCAAGGUCCGAUUACGCAGCGAUUGCGUUCGAGGGUAAGCGAAAGGUCGGUGAAUUCGAUAGGGAAGGGGCAAUGCAGAUCGCAUCCGCUGAUGAAGACUGUGAUGAUGAUUCUACGGAACCGCUGCGAUAUUACGAUUAUGAUUCCGGAGGAAAUACAUUCUGUGAAUUGCAAAUCAAACAAACACGAAGGAAAUUGGAAAUAAUGAUUCUGAUGGAAUUGCUUCACUAUAAUGAAUGUAAAUUAAGUCAUCAAUCAACUGUAACAGAUUUGAAUAUAAUCAGGCUGUAA